AUGGGCAAGGUCGAGGAGAGGAGGCUGCCGACGGCUCCGGCGACGCCGGGUCCGCGCAAGGCCAAGCCAAAGAAGAAGAAGAGGGACAACGGCAAGAAGAAGGCGAAGCGGAUGGCCGCAGCGGCGCUCUCAGCGGAAGCAUCUGCGGCGGCCGCAGCGCUCUCUUACGCCGUCCCGCUGCCCAUUCCGUGCGUGUACUACGACCCGGCCUUUCUGAGCCGUGCAGAGGCGGACGCGUACUACGACCUCUUCAGCGGCUCGGCCAUUCAGUGGGCCAGCUCCGCCGUCUCACGCCGCCCGACCGCCCUGUACGGCAAUCCCACCGUGCAAUACCACGGCCCGCGCCGCGCAGACAGCCUCAACCUGCCUGCCGCCAAGGCGGAGGCGUGGCACUUGCACACCACCGGCCUCGCGGUCGAGUUUGCCGUCUGCCUGCUCAAUAAGUACGGCGAGGCGGACGAGAUGGACCCGGCUCUCGGCGCGCCGCGCACCUCGCCGAUCGCCUCGAUCUCUCUCGGCGCCACGCGUCGCUUCGGUCUGCGGCUCAAGUCGGACGUGGACUCGCCGCUGCCCCCGCUGCACUUGGCGCACGGCUCGCUCACAGUGAUGGAGAAUGCCUGCCAGCUGCUCUACCACCACUCGGUGUUGCCCGCCGAGGCGCCCGGCGUGCGAAUCAACCUCACCUUCCGGGCUCGCACGUCGCCGUCAGGCUCCGCCGUCGGCUUCAAGCAGCGGCUGCACCAUCCCUUUGAGACGCCGUUCGUAUCCGACCCAGCGGAGCUGGGCGCGAGCCGCCCGCCGCGGCCUCUGUUCCACGCGUGGGUCGCCUCGCAGCUGCAGGGGCGGACGCUCGUCGGCGGGACCGAGAAGAAGAAGCGAGCAAAGGACGCAGCGCACGUGCGACGGCUCAUGCAGGGGUGGUAG